GACGCCAACCUCUGCAACACCCAGAAGACCCGCAUCCAGGCCGACUUUGCCUUCAUGUGGAUCGGGUUCAUCCUCAGCAUCUUCGGCGCCGUCGUCAUCUUCCUGGUGCACCGCUCGAAGUAGAGGGACUCUUCUGCUAGGUCGGGCAGAAGAGGGCACGGGCGAUGAGAGAAAAGGAGGGACGACAUGGAUGAUCGGGAGUUUGGAUGAGGUUUGUGGUGCACACAUGAACAGGGCAGUUGGGCGUCGCAUGUUAUGAUACGACUCGGCGAUGAUGGUUCUCGUGAUUUUCAUCGAGAAGAGCUGCGAGAGGACAAUUGGGGCAGAGAAACACGCAUAGAUGUCGCUUGGCUUGGACGAUUCGGGAAUGAAAAUAUUAAUGACGCUGCCUUUUUUUGGAUUACAUCAUGAGAUGAUAAUAUUUGACGAAACAAAUUUGCUUUGCGAAAAGUGUGCGCGCGACAUUCUUGAGUCCCAUAUAACACGAAUCCUCGCUCCUCCAUCGGAAACGUUUCUCCGUGGCGAGGCAGCCUGCAUGGUAAUGACAGAGAAUCGAAGAGUUGCCGGCCAAGGCAGGGCGAUUGAGGUUCACGUGCGACGAGGACUUCCCUGUAACUCGCGCGAUGGGAAAUCUCCUCGGGAGCGUGUGUGGUCACGACGAAGACCCCGAACCGGUUCGGUCUUGCUUGCAUCAAGACGGCUUCUCACGUAUUUCCGACGGAUUAGUCACGCAUGUCAUUGUUCUCUGUUCCGAGGUCGUCGCCUGGGUGGGGAGGGCAGUCGACCGUCGGCGAGACAGCUUCCGAUGGGGACGGGAGUGCGAAUAAGAAAACCCUGGCGGAUGGGGAAAAAGUCUGGAAUCUGUCUGGAACACACCUGUGACAGCAUUACAGCCAAUGCCGCCGGACCUCACAUUUUGGAGAGUGCAGUCCGUCUGCUCGACAGACUCCUCCGCACCGGAGGCCGGCGCCGAGGAGAAGACAAGGUUUCUCUUUGUGACAGGCGUGACAGGGAACGCUUUGCCCGUUCUGCUCGUAUCGAUCAAUGCGAACGACAUCCGAGGCGGCAUGCACAAUGACAGCGGACAAGCUUGGAAGCGGGCCAGGAACAAGACACAAGCGAACCAUCGAGAGGGAAAAAAAAGCCACCCGGGCAGCCACAGGCCUGGGAACACAGGUGGAAAUGGUCGCAUCGGCCCACACAAUUGAUGGGGAUUUGGGCGGGAGGAGAGGAGCCACGUGCGGGGACAGAAAACCGCCAUAUGGUCCACCCUUGGAAGUCAUCAUCAGAGUCUCCAAGACGGGCGAUUCUCGUCCCCCAGUGACCAGUGACCAGUCUCAUCGUGCCCAUAUUUCAUGUGUGUGUCAUCAGCC